CACUUUAAUUCAUUGCAUAGGUUCGGUUAUGCGAUACAAAAAUUCGACAUCAUUUUGGCUUAUCGCGUAAUGAAUGCGGUUGGCUGCUGAUCAGCUGGUGAUUACGCAAGUUUUUUUUUUGUAGACAAACGUAAACAAACUUUGCUCGUUCCAUUCAUGUAAUGCUUAUCUUUCCGAUUUGUUGAGUGCGUCUGCAUUUCAAAAAUAACUAUCGUGGGGGCCAAAUAGUGUGGAAAAAGUUUGAGGAAAUAAUUGCGAUAUUCAAUUGCAUAUAACAAUCAUUCUGUGAUGAGAGGAGUUUGGAAACUGCUGUUUGGGCGAUAUCUUCUAGUUACUAAUACUAUUAGUUCCGGUGUACUGAUGCUGGCGGGAGAUGUUGCAGCUCAAGAAAUUGAACGACGACAGGAGAAAACUACAUCGGCUUCAGAAGGCCUCGAAAGGCAGCGAGCCUUAAAUAUGACAUUGGUAGGACUUUCCCAAGGCCCGCUGCAUCAUUAUCUUUACAAAUGGAUGGACGCAUAUCUUCCCGGCGCUACCGUACGAACAGUGCUCAAAAAGAUUGCUAUCGAUCAGCUUGUUAUAUCACCCAUCUUCAUCGUUACAUAUUUAUACAGCGCUGGUCUUCUAGAAGGUGCUUCUGUAAGGGACUGUAACGCCGAACUGCGCUACAAGUACUGGACUAUCUAUACAGCGGAUUGGCUUGUUUGGCCUCCGACACAGUUUAUAAACUUCUACUUACUUAGCCCAAAAUAUCGUGUCCUUUAUAUUAAUGCCAUUACCAUGCUGUACAAUGUGUUUCUCUGCUACAUCAAACAUAACGAUGAUUUCAUUUCUGAGAUAACACAAAAAAUGAAAUCGAUAAAGCAGGAAUGAUAUGAACAGUGAAAUCGGCAACAAUCGACAGCUUAACACACAUACAUGGAAAUAAUUCUACUGAUUAUUUUUUCCCUAUUUAUUGUUUUAUUUUACCCGCACGCUAUAUUGAAAUCUUUCACUAUUCCUUCUAUUGUUACGUUGCCUAUGGUCAAAUAUUUGUUUAAAGAUGGAAGCUGUUUAGAUUUAAUACAAGAACAGUAUUUUCUCUUAGGCCUAUCAGCAACUAGGUAAGCGCAGAGUAAUACUUUGCCAGCUGAAAUCUAUAGGAGCUUUCAUCCGGCCAGCGACAAAGUACCGCUAUCAUUUUGUUUUUCAUAUUUGUCCUAAUUGUACAAUGUCUAGAACAGUUAUUAUCUUACAGCACUUUUUUAUGGCAGAAUAGAAAUAAAGUAUUUAUUUAAAAUUGCA